AGCAAUCCUUAUCUCCUCAACCACCAUCCACUUCUUAUCCAAUCUCCUGAGAAUAUCUCAUCAACCAUCAAAAUGAAGGUCUCCGCCAUUGUCACCAUCCUCGCCACCACCGCUCUCAGCGUCAUGGCUGCCCCUGCUGCCGACCAGAGCGCCAACGGCCUCAUGGCCCGCGGUGACAGCGGCUGCUACGCCUUCGCUGACCCCGACUGCGGUGUCGACGGAACCUUCUGCCAGUGUGCCAACGGAUGGUUCUACCUCUUCAACACCGACGAGGGUGGCUGCAACCCUCCCUGGGGUAUCGUCGCCAAGGACAUCAGCGGUCUCCCUGGCUACUACUGCUAGAUGGGUCUUAAGUUACCUGACUGGCUGUGAUGUGCUGUCGUGAAUACAGCACAAGAAUGUCGCAGGAUACGUGGUUUCAUUUGUCAUGAU